UGCAGCGCGGUGGGUGUGUCGGAAGUGGUGAUCGGACCGAUACAGGAAGUGAGCGGAGAGCUGGAAGAGCCGGGAGACGGAGAGCGGCAGGAUUUGUGGACUUCAUGAAGAAUGCAGACCAUUAAGUGUGUAGUUGUUGGCGACGGGGCGGUUGGGAAGACGUGUCUCCUGAUCAGUUACACCACGAAUGCCUUCCCGGAGGAGUACAUCCCCACCGUCUUCGACAAUUACAGCGCCCAGAUGACCGUGGACGGCAGAACGGUGAGCCUGAACUUGUGGGACACGGCGGGGCAGGAGGAGUACGACCGCCUCCGCACUCUGUCCUACCCCCAGACCAACGUCUUCAUCAUCUGCUUCUCCAUCGGCAGCCCGUCCUCCCACGCCAACGUGAGGCACAAGUGGCACCCGGAGGUGUCCCACCACUGCCCCAACGUGCCGGUUUUGCUCGUGGGCACCAAGCGGGAUCUGCGGAACGACACAGAGACCAUAAAGAAGCUGAAGGAGCAAAGCCUCGCCCCUACCACGCCCCAGCAGGGCUCCUCCCUGGCCAAGCAGAUCGGGGCCGUCAAGUACAUGGAGUGCUCGGCCCUGCACCAGGAAGGGGUGCGGGAAGUGUUCGCCGAGGCCGUCCGCGCCGUUCUCAAUCCCGUGGCCAAGAAAUCCCCCAAGAGGUGCGUUCUGUUAUAGUGGCCGGCGCUGACCGACGCA